GGCGUUAACUCGACGGGAAUCAAGCGAUUGAUAGUAUAAACCGGUAUUUCGAAAAGCUGAAGUUAAAAAAAUUAAUAUUCCCGGCUCCAAAGGCGGAUUUCAAGUUAUUUCAGUGAAAUUCAUCGCGCUUUUUACCAAAGGUUAAAGGUAGAAAUGAGAUUAUUUGUUGUUGAUUAAAAGUGAAGGAGUCAGGCGAUUGCACACGCUUCGGAGGGACUAUGAAGCAGGAGCCGGAUCACUGUGUUUUGGAUAUUAACGACGAAACAGAAUGGCUCAUGAAUGAUGAGUGUCCACUGCCGGUGGACGACUUCCUCGAGGCCCUGAGCUCAGAACUGGAGAUUCCCCUUCUCCUGAACGGCGAGGGAUCUCCGGAUCACGAUGAGAGCCCCGACGAGAUAAUGAAGAAUGCGGCGAUCGAUUCAUUUCCGAAUUUAGAAAAAUUGGGAUUGAAUUUUAACGAACUUGAGAGUGUAUUCUCUGCAAUUAAUGAUGGCAAACCCAAUGAGAAUGUCACUGAGUGCGAGCCAAACUCGCGAUUCCCACCGUCACCAAGUCCAAGUCACUCGGAGUCGAGUUUAUCCGAGUGGCCGAGUGAUUGUCCCACAAGUGUCAAGCUGACCCUGGAGACCCCACCAAUAUCUCCACCUCAGAACGAGUCGCCACCGGUCUCACCACUACCAAGUGUCAACUCUCCCUUUCUCCAUACCAUUAAGCUCAUUCCAGUCUCGACGAACGAUGAAUCUCAGUCUAAAAUCAUCCCCAAACAGCCCCCCAAGUUCGUUCUGGCCAAGGGGAAUCCCUCGAAAAGACCGGCUGUAACAGCCCCAAAUGCCGAACAACCGAAGAAGAUGAUCGUCCUGAGUGCGCAGGACUUCGCAGCGUUGACUAAAAAAUUCCGGCAAAAUGGACCAAGCACACAACCCCUGAAGAUCCAAACACUGAAGACACGACAGAUGAUAAAUCCCCCAAAAGCCGAAAUGCCAAAGCCCCAGAGUUUACCCGGAAUCGAUGACAAGAGCCAAGUGAAGAUCAUCAACGCCUUUCCACAGAUAAAAAUAGCCAAGCAAGAGCCGUUGACGCCUGCCGACGCUAAAAUCCUCACGUGUCCGCCGGUAAUAAUAAAAAACGAAAAUCCAAACAUGCCGCAGAUCGUCAUAAAGAACGAGAUGCCCCAGGAGCUGGCGAACUUCACGGCUCGACAGGAGUGCGAGCUGAAGGCGUUGAAGCGUCAGCAGAGAAUGAUAAAGAAUCGAGAGUCCGCAUGUCUCUCCCGCAAGAAGAAGAAGGAGUACGUGAACUCGUUGGAGAACCAGAUAUCGGAGCUCCAGGAGGAGAACAAUAAACUGAAACUCGAGAAUACGAUGUUGAAGCAGCGAUUGAGCUGUUUGGAGAGCUCAUCACUGCAUUCUAGUGAUUCCAAAGCCAGCGUCAAGCUGAAUGCCAACAGGAAGAACACUGCCAUCGUCCUGGCGAUGGUAUUCAUGGUCUGCUUCAACAUGAUGUCGAAUAUAAACUUAUUCUCUGUGGAUCGUCGACCCGACAGCCUCCUCGCAAAAGACAUUCCCGUGUCGUUGCCCAACGUCAGACAUGGGAGGUCUCUCCUUUGGAAGGCAGAGGAGCCAGAGCAGGAAAUCGAGCCCAACAAGACGGUUAAUGAUCACCCGAUGUGUCCGAUGUACAUAAACCAGACAGAAUCCCUCAGACUGGACUACGAGCUCAGGAGGUGGAUAGGGGGAAGCUCUAACAAACAGAACUAUCGAAAGGACGUGGCAAGACAGGAUUCGAGGGUAAAUUCACCUCUCGGGGAGAUGCUUCUCCCCAAAAUGAAGCGUCGGGAGAAGAUUGCUGACGAAGUGAAGAUUGUGCCCCAGAGGAAGGAGACAGAGUUGGCGAUUAAUGCUGUGGAGAUUUUCUCACCGACCAUGAAGGAUCAUCCACCCAUCUUUGAUACGCUUAGGAGGAGGGAGGACACCUUUUACGUUGUCUGGUUCAGUGGUGAGAACCUUCUGCUGCCUGCCUCGAGGCAAAAUAAAACCGUCAGACCGAGGAUGUCUCUGGUUUUUCCAGCUCCAGUCAACAAGAGUCUCACUUCACCAUCUGAGCACAUCACUAUGAUGCAAAUUGAUUGUGAAGUCACUGAUACUCAGUUGGUGCAAGUCACGGAGUCGGUAAUACCUAAACAUCUGAGGAAAAAUCAGGGGAAGGAUGAGGCCAGUGGGGUGAGAACAGCGAAUAAAACUAAGGAGUUUGGUAAACCGUACGUUUUGAAACAGAAGCGCGAUCCUUUUUCUAAUCAACAGCCUUACAUUAUUAAUGAGAAGUUUAAUAGUUACGAUGUUGAGGGUAAUUUGUCGCGGGUGGAGAAUUCGAAGGGCAGUUAUCUGAGGAAGAAAUUGAGGAAGAAUUUGCAGCCCUAGGGGGUGUGAUAAAUUGUGGAAAUUGUUGAGGGGAAAAUGCAUCGCAAUUUUUGGGAAAAAUUGAAAUUUAUCGUUUUUUUUACUUUAUGGAAAUGACGACACGAUGAGGGACUUUGAUUCAAUUUUUUAUCAUGUUUUGACGGGUUUAUAGAACGCAAUUUCGGUGUGUCUCCCCUUGAGCAUGAUUAAUUAUCAUAAGAUGAGUGCAAUUAUAACGAUAAGAGAAACUUUUUCACUUUUCUGCCAAAUUUAUCAUCGGUUAACCAAUGAUUCAAGUGAUAAAGUGUAAUCAUGACUGAAGAAUGCAUAAAAAUAAUUGAUAUAUCUGACAAUUUGUGGGGGUAAUGUGUUAGGAUUAAUCAACCAAGUGCAAAUAACGUGAUACGAUGUACAUAAUACGUUUUUGAAUGUCUCCUUAUAUUAGAGUCUAAGGUAGUGAAAUUUGCUGUAUAAUUGAUUGAUUUUUUUUUUCUUUUUAGCACCGCUUGCAUCACGCAACAAUUUUUUUCACCGAGAGUAGGAGUGUAAGGGUCUGAUGUAUGGCAUGAUAGAUUUCGUUUUUUCGUGUGUUUGUUUGACACUGAGGGGAGGGGGGUAAAAUCGACUGUUUCAAUCAUGAGAUGAUACUUUAAAAUGAGACGCGAUUUAUCUCGAUGGCAUUAUUCGUUCAGGAGAUAUUGGAAAUUUAAUAUGGUCGAUUUAUCCUCACUUUUCCCCGAUAACUAGAUGAUAAGUGAUAUGUAUCAGUAUUGAGGACAUCAGAGAGAUAAUUAUGAACGAAUUUAUUACAAAAUAAAGUAAUUAUCUUGGCACAAUUCAUAAUAGCAGAACAAUUGUCAAUGCAGGAUUCAUUUCAAAUCAGGAGUAGAGCUUCCGAGAUAUGUUUCCAAGUCAGUAAUAGUUGAUUUUAUGAGCUUUGCCUUUAUGGUGGAUCUGCCGAGGCGCUUGUGAGCUGUGUAUCUGUGGCAGCCACCGAAUGAAUAGUAGUAAUCGCCACCUGAAAUUUUUUUUUUCACCGAGUUUAUCAAAUAAAAUUGUGAAUUGUUGGAAU